AGUUCGUUUCGCUUUCUGGCGUGAAUACAAACAGCCAGACAGACAUCGAGUGCUUAACUCUCAAACUUGCACGCAAAGUUCUGUGUCUCUGGAAGCCUCAGUUUACUUUCUCUUUCUACAACAUUAAACAAUUGAACAACUUGAAUAAACUAAGGCAAAACUUGAAAAACCACUCUAGAAAUGGCGCUACUUCUCUCUACUAAUGCUUAUGUCACUUCAUCACAACAAAAAACUCUUCCUUUCUUGUCCACCAGAACCCCAAAACAACAAUUGUCCAUAACGAACUCACUGAAAAGAACCAGGAAUCUCAAUUUCUCUCCUUUACGUGUUGCAGCUCCUCCAUCAGUACCGGCCUCAGAUCAAGAAACUGUUAAAAGAGAAGAGGAAGAAGAGUACAGAUCAGUUGAUGAUGAGUUUGGUGAGGAGAGUACGGAUUCUAAGUUCUCUUGGAGGGAUCAUUGGUAUCCAGUUUCUUUGGUAGAAGAUUUGGAUCAAAUGUUGCCCACACCAUUUCAACUUCUGGGUAGAGACUUAGUACUUUGGUUUGAUAACAAUAAUAAAGAAUGGGUUGCUUUUGAUGAUAAAUGCCCGCAUAGACUUGCCCCAUUAUCGGAAGGGCGGAUAGAAGAAAAUGGGCACUUGCAGUGUUCAUACCAUGGGUGGUCCUUUGAUGGGUGUGGAUCCUGCACUCGGAUUCCUCAGGCAGCAUCUGAAGGUCCUGAAGCUCGUGCAUUUCGGUCUCCUAGAGCUUGUGCUACAAGAUUUCCUACAAUGGUAUCUGAAGGUCUGCUCUUUGUUUGGCCAGAUGAGAAUGGUUGGGAAAGAGCCAAUGCUACCAAGCCCCCACUGUUGCCUGAUGACUUUGACAAACCCGAAUUCUCAACGGUGACAAUUCAACGUGAUCUGUUUUAUGGCUAUGACACUCUGAUGGAAAAUGUCUCAGAUCCUUCUCACAUUGAUUUUGCUCAUCACAAGGUUACAGGAAGAAGGGAUAGAGCGAAGCCAUUGCCAUUCAAGUUGGAGUCUAGUGGUCCUUGGGGCUUUGCUGGAGCAAAUGAUGGGAACCCCAGGAUUAGUGCCAAGUUUGUUGCUCCAUGUUAUUAUAUAAACAAAAUAGAGAUAGACACAAAGCUUCCUAUAGUAGGUGACCAAAAAUGGAUAAUAUGGAUUUGUUCCUUCAAUGUACCAAUGGCACCUGGGAAGACUCGUUCUAUAGUUUGUAGUGCCCGGAACUUCUUCCAAUUCACAAUGCCAGGGCCUGCAUGGUGGCAGGUGAUUCCUAGAUGGCAUGAGCAUUGGACUUCAAAUAAGGUCUAUGAUGGAGACAUGAUAGUUCUUCAAGGCCAAGAAAAGAUCUUUCUUGCGCUGUCAAUGGAGGGUUCUGAGGAUGUGAAUAAACAAUAUACAAAACUUACAUUUACACCCACACAAGCAGAUCGGUUUGUGUUGGCAUUUCGAAAUUGGUUGAGACAACAUGGCAAAAGCCAGCCUGACUGGUUUGGCAUUAGCAGUCAACAACCUUUGCCGUCAACAGUCUUGUCAAAACGUCAGAUGCUGGAUAGAUUUGAGCAGCAUACUCUUAAGUGUUCAUCGUGUAAGGGAGCUUAUUCAGCAUUUCAGAUGUGGCGAAAGUUUCUAAUUGGUGCAACAAUUGUAUUCUGUGCAACUGCUGGGAUUCCUUCAGAUAUGCAAUUACGUGUAGUUUUGGCAGUGCUUGCACUUAUAGGUGCUGCGGUUGCUUAUGCUUUGCAUGAACUCCAAAAGAACUUUGUGUUUAUUGAUUAUGUACAUGCUGAGAUUGAGUAGAUAGAAUAUAUACUGGGGACUAGCUGAAAGUGUUAAGUGUGCAGAGAUAUCAGAAAAUUCUUGUGGAUCGAUAUCGUAGAAGUCUGAGAUAUUGUACAUAUCAUAGAAAGAAAGUCAGCAAUAGGCCUAAGUUGCUUGCUUUGCUUCCCAAAUCAAGUAUCACUAUUAAUCUAUUGGGUGUUUUAUCUUUUUC